AAACUGCUACUUUUUCUUUUCUUUCUUGACGGAUGAUGCAGACGAUAUAAAUUAACAUUAUUCAACUUAAAAAAUGAUUACUUUUUUAUUUUAGGAGUGUUUUUGGCUUUUAUAUUUAGUAUGAUUGAAUUUUGUACGUUCAGACGAAUGGUCAUAUUUAUAAUAUGCUUAAUAGCCACUUCUUUGAUAGUCUUAACAGUUGAAAGUUUCCUGACUCCAUCUAAUGGAAAAUACCUUCAAGAUCCUAAUAAUCAAGGAGAAAAUUCCUCGAAUGCUCCCUGUUGGCAAAAUGAAGAUUAUUUUGUCAAACAACACUGUGCUCCAUGCUCAGAAUUUGAAAAAGUAAGCAAGCACCUUCCCGCAUGUGAUGCAACAGGUUUUAAAGAAAUGGUAUCUUGUAAAGUCUCUGGAGAUGUGUAUAGAAGUUGUGACAAAGUUUUAUGGCUGGAAGAAAGAAAUUUUUUCAUAUUUGAAAGUUGUAUGGCAGUUUUUGGAUUAUUAGGGGCAGUAGUAGUCUCAAUCCGACAGAAGCAAUUAGAUCAACGAAUGAUGUUAAGAAUUCAACAACAGAUAUCUUCUGGCGUUUGAAUAUUGUACACUUUUGUAAACAAGCCUUUUCUCACAUUUUUCAUCUCAUUGCAUAAACAUGUAAAGUUCAUAACACAACUGUACCCUAUUUUCACAAAAUAAAUGAAUGUC